CUUCACGAGUUUCCAUCUCUCUGCAAAAAAGGAGUUGCUUCUUAUGGCUAUUGGCCGCUACAUUCACCCGCACCAACCCCUCUCUCUCUCUCUCUCUAUAUCCUCAAGCGAUUGAUUGAUUUGUGUCGAGGGAUGCUGUUCUGUUCCAUGUUGUUUUGUCAUCCUAUUGCAGUUCGAUCCCAUUUGAAAUGAUCGAAUUCGAGAUGAAGAUGUGCCUUUUCUUGUCUUGUCUCGCUUGGAUCUUUGCUUUUCACCCACCCAGAAAACAGAAAAAGGAUCUUUUCAUGAAACAAACCUCACCCAUUCGCCGUCACGCCUUUCUCGGUCCUGUUUCAUGAGUAAAGAAAUCGCUCCACCGCACGCAACGCACAGAGAAAGCGCGCGAGAGUCAUGGGCUCGCUCGCAGUUUCUAAGCCCUUCCCUUUCUGCGUCGUGAUUUUCUCCUCCUUCUUCCUCGCCUCGUCGUUGAAUGUCGACGACCGCGACGACGAUUACAGUGUCUCUCAUUCCAAUAAUUCAGCGGCGAUUCCAAGCCCCUCUCCUCCGCAACGGAAUUUCUCUCCUUUCAAGCCGAGCGUCGCCGUGAUAGUGGGCGUCCUGACGACCAUGUUCUCCAUCACCUUCCUCCUCCUCCUCUACGCCAAGCACUGCAAGCGCGGCCGCGGCGGCGGAGGGUACCCCAGGAGCAACGACGUCGCCGUGGCUUCGUCCUCGGCCGCGGCGGGGAGGAAAAACUCCGGCAUCGACAGGUCCGUGAUCGAGUCCCUGCCCGUCUUCAGAUUCGGGUCCUUGCGGGGGCAGAAGGACGGGCUCGAGUGCGCCGUCUGCCUGACCAGGUUCGACCCAGCGGAGGUGCUGAAGCUGCUCCCCAAGUGCAAGCACGCCUUCCACGUCGAGUGCGUCGACACGUGGCUCGACGCCCACUCCACCUGCCCCCUUUGCCGCUAUCGGGUCGACCCGGAGGACAUCCUUCUGGUGGGGGAGCCCAACGCCUCUCUCGGUUCGCCGGCGACGGGGCGGGACACUGCUGAGGACGACGACGAGAAGCACAGCGUCGUCGUGGACAUCGGCGAGGAGGCGGGCGACGACAAACCGCUGGAAACGCGGCGUGUCUCCGGCAGGCACUCCGACGUGGAGAGGGGCGGCAGGCAGAAGUGGCGCGGCGGCGAUGCGGCGGCGGCGGCGGCGACUUUGAGGAGGUCCGUGGACAGCGCUCGUGGCGCGAGGAAGAAGAGCGAGGCCGUGGCUGUCGGAUGCUUCGACCGAGGGCCGAGGAAAGACGCGCUGCUGUUGGCCGAAGACCAGAACGGAACGGCGGCCGUCGGCCAGAGGCCGAGCGCGGAGGAGCGGAGGCGACUAGAGCACCGGAUCAUCGUCUCGGGCAAGCAAAACCAUGAGAGGUGGAGCGACGUGCUGCCGUCGGAUCUGCUGUAUCUGCGGUCGGAGAUGAUAAUCAGCGACAGCCGUAGGUUCCCGGGUGGGGCCCGCGGGUCGUCAGGGAAGCAGGAGGGGGAGGAGGGGGAGGGUGGCAGGAGCGUAAUUAAUGGGAGAAGCGUGUCGGAAAUCACGGGCAUGAGCCGGUUCAGUAAUAAUGGGACUCACAUUAACCACGAACGACAAAGACGACGACAGAUGGAGACGGAGGCGGCCACGGGGCUCGCGUCGAGGUGGUUGGCUUGGAUUUCUCAAUCUCCAGCUGUGCGGUCGGGAGCCUAAAAAUAA